AUGACUUCUGUACAUUCGGCGGGUCCAUCAAUGCAAGUGUACAGCACCGAAGUCACCCUCAUUUUCCCUUCCCUACGCUUUUUGUUCAUUUUCGGAACGGCUGGCAACGUCGCUGUGCUCACUUAUGUUUUCUUUGUGACAAGAUCCUUACGAUCCUCAGUCACUGCUUUGGGAAACACAUUCGUCUACAUGGUCGUUUUGUCGGGAGUCGAUCUUUUGGUCACAAUGUCAAUUCCAUUUCAUUUAUCAGAGCUUUCGAAUAAGAUCUGUUCCUCUUUCAUCCUAACAGCUCUAGGUUUUGAUCGAUACAUGGCGAUCUGUCAUCCGGAAGUGAAACGGGUUCACCAAAUGCGUCAAACGGCAGCCAUUGUGACUGGGAUGAUCUGUAUCUCGGCAAUCCUAAUUACGCCCGUUGUCUUCUCAGCCUAU